AUGGGUAAGGUUCACGGAUCCCUCGCUCGUGCCGGAAAGGUCAAGUCUCAGACUCCCAAGGUAAGCCUUCAACCCUCACACAACUACACGCGCAACGACUACAAUACCGAACGACUCGUUGAGCCCCAGGAGAAGAAGAAGACCCCUAAGGGCCGCGCCAAGAAGAGGCUCACUUACACCCGCCGUUUCGUCAACGUCACCAUGACCGGCGGCAAGAGGAAGAUGAACCCCAACCCCACCUCGUAA